UAAUAUACUAUUCCUCUUAUUUUUUAUAGAUUAAUCGAAGAUACUAACCAAGUAUUAUUCAGACGUUUGACUUGAAUAUUGUCUAGGACCUAUUCUUAGGUAGGUAACUUUAUACUAACUAAAUAAGUACCUAUUACAGCUCUUCUACUGUAUCUUCUUGAGCAAUCAGCAGUCGCAACGCCCACCCCUCAAUGCAGUAUGGCGAAGAGACACCCUGUAGCCGCCGGGGGCUGCAGCAUGUCUCCAGGUUCCUACCUGGCCAGCCGACGGGAUUAUUUAACCUUGAUGCUCCCUCCUCGGCGCCUCAUGUUAAAUCCAUCUUAUUAACAACUUCCCUCGUACCUUGAACAGUGGCCAGUAUGCCUUUAUUACCUGGCGAAGAGCGUGUGCUGACAGUCUUUGCGGAUGUCCACUACUACUUUGCUUUGCCCACGCUUAAUCCUCUGCAGCAUCGCUUUGUCAAAGGCUCGUAUCUCUAUAUCUACCACGAUUCGUCGAAGCACAAGGCCAGGAUCGAAGUUGCCAAUAACCCGGGAACAAGCGAUCAAGAUGCUUUCAAUGGAGCCCUGGAAUAUGUUCAUAUCCGACACUCGAACAAGUUCCCCACGCUGUCUACCCUCGUAGUCGAUGGCCACCUGCCAACGGCUUCAGCCAUUCCUCAGCCCUCAAACCCGAACUUCUACGAGUGGCGUCUACCUUACAGAGACCCUCGUCAGGAGACGGAUGAGUAUCUCCGACUCCAUACGCUAGACAUCUACUUCUGGACGCUCGAGGAUGCCAACCAAUUCAUGGACUGUGUCGAGCAUAUUCUGCCCGCUCCGCAGGUCGAGAGCGAUCGGCAUGGUUUCGCAGCGGCUCCGGCAGCUAAUGCAAUCAGCUCAGUUGUUCAACAGCUAGAGAACGUGGCCAUCACCGAUCCUGAGUAUCAGAAUGGGAAGACUCGAAACUCCCGAUCGGAGCCGAUGUCAGAACCUAGCGCGGCUCCUCAAAAUAUUAACACGGCUUUGCAGCCGCUGCCGCCUCCCCCUUCUGUGCAAGCUCUUGCUGCUGUGUCCCAGACUCCUGUGGAGGGACACAAAGAGCAGGCAGACUUCACUCCUCUACCAUACAACCCCGCCGCGCCAGCAGCACCAGAGCCGAUCAAGCAUCGCGAGAAGACUCCUCCGCCUCCUGAUUCUGAGGAUGGAACCGGACUAGCGGCAGCCAUUGCGGCCGACAACAGUGUCCCCUACACUCCUCCUUCGCAAACAGGAGGCAGGGUCCCUAGUUUUGGCCCUCCUCCUGGGACCGACUUGGCAUCGAAUCGCCCAGUGUCAUAUUCCGGGCAUAGCUCCACUCUCGCGGGCGUCUAUGCCUCUCCUCCUCCCAGCGCUGGUCUCGUCCAUACCAACUCGUUUUCCUCCCAGAUGUCCAACCCUAGUCCUUCUCGCACUACAUCCUAUCAUUCCACCUACGCGGGGAACGUUGGCGGACAACCGCAGCACCAGCAACAACAACCACAGCACCAGCAGCAACAACCACAGCACCAGCAGCAACCCCAACUUCCACCUAGCAUGAUGAGCUUCGCUCCACCACCUCAAGACCCCAAUGCCCAUCUUUACGGCCAACAGAUGUAUAAUUACCAACUCGCUCAGCAACAGCAACAGCAACAACAGCAACAACAACAACAGCAGCAGCAACAGCAACAACAGCAACAACAGCAGCACCAGCACCAGCAAUACCAGCACCAGCAAUACCAGCAACACCAAACUCCCAUGGGCGGAUAUUCAAAUUUCUCCUAUGACCAAGCCCCCGCGCAGCCGUCCCCAGCCUCGUCAAAUGAGUACGAUAUCCACGGCCUUGCCUAUCGCCCUACUGAGGCAGAAGCGCAUUCGCAUUACCAGAAGUACGCGCAGAAAGCCAUGAAAAAUCCUGGGCAGCGACCACAUAAGCUAGAGGACAGUGCCUCGCGGCUGGAGAAUAGUGUCAAUAAGUUCCUAAAGAAGCUGGAGAAGAGAAUCUAGUUGAGGGAUUUAUGACUUGUAGCGUGUCAGUUUCUUUCUAUUUUUCUUCAUGUUUAUUUCAAUGCAUGCAUCCCUAUCUCUACAAUCUUGGUUCAAUCUGUGUUAUCAAUCGAAAGCCUUCUCCCAAGUUGAUUUACUAAAAUACCCUACUCGAUGUUAUUUUCCGAAAGAUAAUUAUAAUGGUUCAUUUGAAUAAAUAUGA